GCAGACGCGAGGAUUCUCUCCGUGGGAAAAUUCUACCAAUCGAUCCUGGACCUGCGAUGGCUGGGAAAGGCCAGAGAAGAACUUACAUGAAAGUUACGGACUUCAAGGCAGGGAAAAUAUUAGCGUUGGAAUCAACUAAUGGAUUCUUGAGACAACGUUUCGAGGUACGGACGAAACGAUAUCACGAUAGAACGGUGGUACAUAUAACGCUCACUUUUCGUCGGACUUCUGCCCUGUUCCACUAUACCAUCGGUGCAAUUUUGAGUUACCUAGCAGAAAUCCAUUUGGAAGAGUGGACACCGAUCGUUAUAAAGAUGUAUAGAAACCUUGAAGAAGAACACAAGGAUCUAAAUUUUUAACGAAAGGAUGCCCCGUGGUUCUAUAAUAACAUUGAUUUCAAUUUUAUAGUUCCUUAUAAUAGAAGCGCCGGUAAAAAAU